UUUCACAAUGGCUCGAAAGGCCGAACCGCGAUUGGUGCUCAGUGCACUGCACGGAGAAGGAAAUGGGCGCUCUGCAAAUACAUUAAAUUAAUGCUACUAGCAACAAGUAACCAGAUAAUGUGAAUUCCGAUAUCAUUGCCACGAUUAGGAAGAAGAAAAAGUAAAGCAAAGCUCAGUAUGCGCAGAGAGGAGAAUCGCACAGCUGUGUGUAAUCCGCUGCACCCCACAUGCAUAGUAGUGAGGGAAUGAGCACCAGCACUGGUGAGCAGCACACCAGCAAAGGAGUGCCACCUCUUAGCCAGGACCAGCUGGUACAUCUGCAGGGUGAGACAAGCACUACGCUCCGCCGAGGCGCUACGGAGGAAGGCAGUGGAAACCCUUUUCUGCUCAUGUCUCAAGAUCAGAUGCUUAAGUUGGAUGCAGUGCUCUCUCCGGAGCAGGUGCGUGCCCUGUUGCAAGAAACUACCCCUGUUGUCCCAGUUAGUGCAACAGACAAGCUGGACUUUGAUGUACUAGGUAAUGUGGGCCAUAGUGAUGAUGGUAGCCAUGCAUUGGCCACCAUUGAUGACACUUUCCGGGACCUGGAGACGCUGGUGCUGGAGCAAGGUGCUCCCCCAGGGUUAUUUGCAGGCACAACAGAAGCCGAAGUGGAGGCUCUCCUCAAGGCCACCUUAGACUCAGAUGAGCUGAGCGCCAUCGACUUGGUGCUGCUUGACCACACCUAUUGCCUGCCGCACCCCGUUGCACCUAGCGAUGAACAGCAUGAAGAACUCUCACAUGAAGACUCUGAUAACAUGGUGGACGAAGAGGAAGCUAUGGGCUGUGGGACGGCAUCCGAGAUGGGCUCGCCGGGUUCCCCGGCUCUGCCCCUGCGUCGAUCGCAGCGACAGAUUGAGAAGAUAGACCGGGAACGAUUGGAACGGAUCAAGGCAGAGAAUGCAGAGCUUAAACGCAGGGAGCAAGAAGAAAUGGAGCGCUCCAGGGCGAUUGCUGCCGGACUACUUCCUCCAGGAGGCGAGGAUUUGGCACCAGCCACGAUCGCUGCUGUUACUCAGUCCCCCAUCGCUCCUCCUCCUCCUACUUCUCCUGCAGCAGCUCACCCUGUACCUGCAGCAGUCCAAGAAAAGGCAGCCAAAGUAUUGCCACAUGUGGCAUCUCCAACCAAAAGAACGAAAAGCCGGAGCAGCGAUUCUGUCUCCUCUGAGGGCGCUGCAGAAGAUCAGUGCAGCCCUACUUUAGCGGAAGAACCCCCUCCACAGAAGAAGCGGAUGAAACAGGAGGCUGCGGACGAGAAAGGCGCAAAGCGUCCUGUCGAGACAUCGCCCCCGAAGGUCAAGAAGGAAGGCCAAAGACCCAAGAAGGAAGGAGGGGUAGAAACAGCAACACCCAGUCCAGCAAAGCGGAAGACUAUGGACGGGACUUCAAAAGAUGCCGACGGGUUGCCGAGGCCCAAGAAGAAGAAGACUACAAUUGUCCUGGAACAGCCCGAGGACAACUCCCCAUUUGGAAAGGUAGUCAAAGUAGUGAGGCCCUCCCCGGAACAGCAGAAAAAGCGAUUGCGGCGAGAGAGCUGCAGCAUUUCAGACGAACCCGCACUGUUCAGCCAACCGGACGUGUUGAUGAAGGAGGGUGAGGCUCCGCCCGUUGCUGCUGCUGUGCCUCCUACGGUUACUGCGUCUGCUCCAGCUGUGGCCGCAAAAGGAGAGGACAUGCCCGGGCAUGACGAGCAUUCGUACGAUUCUGUCGAAGCGCAUGUUGCCAGGUUGGCUGGAGUUGAUUCAUCUGACAUUUCUAAGUUGGGAACAAGUCAACAUCCCGCUCCAGCCAUGACGAAUACCUCUCCGGCUGUUACGAAGGCAGUACUGUCAACUAAAUUGGCCCCAGCUAACACCUCAGAGGGCGCACCCAACAUACCAAAGAAACAACCCGUAACAAUGCCAGUCAGGCAUGAGUCGAAACUAGAGCGGAAAAAGUCUGUGGACGGCGCGAAACCUACGACUGGACUCAAGCCAGAACCGGGGAAGGCACCUGCAGCAAAGAUGGACGUGGUUAAGACGGUUGGGAUUAAGUCCGAGGGAGUUAAACAGAAUGUAAUCAAGAUGGACAGGGCUAAGCAGAUUGUCAAAAAACCGAACGCGAUGAGGCCACCGGGUGUCAAGACCGACACAUUGAAGCCCGAGGGAGCUAGUAUGGAAAAGGCUAAACUAGGGGAAAAGAGUGUAGCGAAGCAACUACCAAAAGGGAUGUUGCAGAAAAUCUCCAAAAUGAUUCCUAAGGUGGGCAAAACUGGUUCACAAGUAGAGCGAAUCGAACAGGCCUUGCUGAAGAAGCCCACGGAGGUUGAGAAACCAAAGAAGCCAAAACUCGACCCAGUACAGUUACCGAUACUGUCAGAGCGGCCGCUAAGGCAGAGCAAAGAAAAGUUCAAGAGGGCAAUGAUGCGCAAGAAAGAAAUGGGACGGAGAGUAGACGACGAGGACAUUGACGAAGAUGAGGACCCUGAUGACACAGACUGGUCAUCCGAAGAUGAUCCAGAGAGGCUCUGGUGCAUAUGCAGGCAACCACACAAUGACAAAUUCAUGAUCCAGUGCGAUCGUUGUGAAGACUGGUUCCAUGGCCACUGUGUGGGCGUGACACGGCAACAAGGCCGCAUGUGGGAACGGGAGGGACGGGAGUGGGUUUGCCCCAAGUGCCCAAAAGAUGCAGGAGGUCCUGGGCUAAAAAAAAUUAAGCAAGAGAAACCUCUGCCUCCAAAGGCCAUCAAAACUGAACCAGUCCCGGCAAAGCCACAGAAAGGAACAAUUCGUGAGUGCUUGGUGUGCAAGAGGCGGACAGAAUGUGUCGGUCUCUACUGUGGUCGAGACUGCAUUGCAAAGUAUGUGAAUGAUGCGACGCAAGCUAUUAAGGAAGCAAAACUGGAAGGUGAACGUCGCCUCAUGUUCACGGAGCGUGGAUCUGGCAAGUUGGUUCCGGGAGUGGCUGUUCCCACUCCGGAGAAACUGACAGAGUGGCUCGUCCGCAACCCCACCUAUGAGCUGGCGGUGGCACGGUCAGCUCCACCAAAGCCUUCACCCUCGAAGGCUCCAACCUCCAAGACUGUGCCCUCCUCCAAAGUUGCACCCAUAACAGGGAACAUGCAGAACAAAACCACACCCACGAGCCAGGCAAAGGUAGCGGCUGCUACAUCAACAACUCCAAAAGGACCUGUGCAGUCAAAGCCGAGCACUGUGAAGGUUUCCACUGGAAAAUCGGUCCAACCACAAGCAAGUGUGAAGAUGCUGCCAACAGUGACUGUUAUUGGUGGCAGUGGUGGAGGAGUCAGUGCUGAAAAUGGGAGCAUUGACAAAGGUGAAAAUGUGGGAGGUGCAGCAACUGUACAACCGGAGCCCGAUCCACCAAAGAAACCAGAAAUCGAGCCUGUCCGAAUCAAUGUUCGCAAAAUGUUGAGAGACUCCCUGUCUAGCAGGUGUAAAGAAGCGGAUGAUGUGAAGUUAGCUAGCGAUGAAAUAAAACGCAUAGCGAUUCGUAUUGAAGAGGAACUUUUCAAGUACUUCAAGGACACUGGCACCAAGUACAAGUCCAAGUACCGCAGUUUGGUGUUUAACAUCAAGGACACACGCAACCAGGGUUUGUUCCGCAAGAUCGUGAGAGGCAAGAUUUCCCCCGAUAAAUUGGUACGCAUGACGCCGGAAGAGCUGGCUUCAAAAGAGUUGGCCCGCUGGAGAGAGCGCGAGAAUCAGCACGCACUGGAAAUGAUAAAGAAGGAUCAGUUGGAAGCAGCAAAGGCGACGCAUGCGCUCAUCAAGAAGACGCACAAAGGGGAAGUUGAAAUCGACGAUGACAACAAUCUCUCGCUGCUGGAGAAAGUGACUGAGAAAGUAGUGCCUGAUCCUCCAGAAAUUGUGACAAACACAUCUACACCAACAACUCCAAGGGUAUCUGUUGGAGGUGGCACGCCUGCUACAGGAACAGUGUCCACAGAUUCUGAUCGUUCAGGUCGGGACACCACAGAUGAUCACCGCUCCCACUUGUUCGAUCUCAACUGCAAGAUCUGCACCGGCAAAGUACCAUCUGUAAAAGGCCAGGAUGAUGAACUGGUGACAGCAUCUCCUCCACAGCAACAUGUUGCUGCAGAUUCUCCUGGUGGCACCCCUCCUCCUCCUCCACAGAGUCAUUCCAAAAUUUCUGGAGGUAGUAAACAGAAAAAAUUGAAAGAAGACUCUGACCAUGAACCCAGUUCCACAGUGUCUCUAGGGUCACCAGACUCUGGAAUCAGCAAACGGUCGUCGCAGCUGAAGGCGCAGCCUUCUGUAUGGAAAGGGUUCAUCAGCAUGCAGGAAGUGUCAAAGUUUGUCACCAGUGCGUAUAAGGUGUCUGGGCCCACUGACUUCCUUGCACAGGACAUUCCGGACACAAUAAAUGUCUGUGGUCGCAUCAUCCCGGAUCAAGUAUGGGACUACCUCGGAAAGAUCAAGCAGUCUGGCAACAAGGAACUUUUGGUAAUCCGUUUCCAGCCCGCAAAUGACGAAGAGAAGCGACCGUACAAGGAGCUGUACUCUUACCUCAACUCUCGCAAACGGUGUGGAGUUGUAGGGGGAUUGACUCGAAUGCUGAAGGACUUCUACAUUCACCCUCUGCCCUCUCAUAGCCCUGUUCCAACAGUCCUCAUGCCCUUUGAUGGACCAGGCCUAAUGUCAAAUCGACCAAAUCUCCUGCUUGGAAUCAUCAUCAGACACAAGAGUCGUCCAAAAGGGCCUGGAAAAUCUAAGUCCUCCUGGACGGCUGAUCGGUCUGAACCAUCCUAUACUCCGCCUCAAGAAGGCGGUACAGCGUCUGAUGACGAUGAGCCGUAUGAACCUUCAUACACUCCCCCCUUGGAGAAACGCCCCAAGCGUGCGGCUGCAGUACCGUCGUCCCAUACGCCCCCUGUGGAAGAUGACGAGCCCUAUGACCCUGAAGAUAAUGACUUUGGUUCCAAUGUGGAUGGCUCUAGUAGGGAUGGUGGAACAGUCGGAUCAUCGACACCCCUCUUGUCAGGGCAGACUGUGAGCGACCUUAUUGAACGAAUUUCUGCUGGAGCAAAUCCGGCUGAGGUGACAUCAUCCGUGCUGGCAUCUCUGGCCUCAAACUCGGACCUGGAGCAUCAGAAGAGGUUGCUUAUGGAACUCACUCAGGAGGUCGAAGAGCAGAAACGCCUCAUUGAACUCCAGCGCCAGCAGGCAAUUCGUAUGGCUAUGGGGAGAGGCACUGCAGGCACGAGCACUGCUGCUGUUGUACCAUCACCUCCAGCCAAGGAGGCUUCCGGAAUUCCAUUCCUGGACAACUCUCUGUCUACUACCAGCACAGGCCUCUCUUUCUUGAGCAGCGCGCCCAGCACGAAAGAACCUGCCCAGACCAGUGGUUCCUGCAGCCUCCCAAGCACGCUACAGGAGUUGCUGAAUAAGGUCAAGGCCCCAACCCUUCCCUCAACGGUGGUGCCUCAACCAUCGGCUGCACCGAAGAAGCCAAUCGCGGAUGAUCCAAUCGUAAAGCAUUUUGCGCGAGAUGCUACGCCAGAGUCUGAUGUGGAAGUGCCUGCAACAAACGAGACUCCACCCCCUCCAGGGGUAGCUGUAUCAAAGGAGGAGGCGCCCGAGGAGCCGCCAUCAAGUUCGCCCGGAACACCUACCAAGGACGAGCUUGUCGUUGAAGACACGAGGCCGCAGGAUCCAAGACGACGAAAGGCGGCUGCCGCGCAGCUCGCACAGCCACCAGUCGCUGGACAAGCGUCGACGACACCAUCAACCUCAACGCUUGGCACAAAGUCAGCCAGUGAACUGAUGGAAAUGGCACGUAAGCAGCUGGAAGAGCUAGAAGGGGUGGCGCCCCCACCCGCACAGCAACCACCUCCUGGAGUGUACAAUCCUGCAAUGGCUCCACCACAUGCACCGCAGCCAGUGGGAGAUGUGCCACCACCAUUUGCUGCUCCACCACCCAUGAUGCAGCCUCCACCUAGGAUGUUUGCCCCACCCCCCAUGGACCCACCCAUGGGGUAUCCGCCACCACACCCAGGGCCCUUACCUCCUCCACCCGAGCAGCAGUGGGGAGGGGGGGAUUACUGGAAAGGGAACAGUUGGGGAGGAAGUGGGGACUGGGCGAGAGGGAAUGACUGGAGAGGAGGGAGGAGAGGUUGGGAUCAGAGGCAUUGAACAGGGCAUGGCGCGGGGAUGUACAGUUUGAGUGUUGCGUGUGCGUCGAAAAAAAAAAACGAAACACAUUGGGUACCUUCUGCCACUAUUUUUACCAUCCUUAAAAAAAGAGCGGGGGAGUGCAAAACAUUGCUUGUUGCUUCAUUUGUUUGUGUAUCAACUUUGUUCCAUUUUGUGUAACGAAGUUCGCAGGCAGACAUGGGAAGCCUGUAUGCAGAACUUGUGUGUUCCCUUCCUUUGCAGAAUUUGACCAUUGAGGGAGCAGCAGACUUCAUGUAUUGUGGCAGUGCCCCGUUGCUCAGAUGACGGAUCUGUUGCAUGUUGCAUGCAUCUGUUGUCUUGUGAAGAACAUUUGUCCAUUUGUUAGCAUCAUCAAAAAAAAAGGGGGGGGAAGGGUUGUGAGGGACAGGGCAUGUUUGGGGACAUACGUUACUCCACCUUCAUUCUGUACAGGAUGACUAGUUUGUGCUCAUCGGGAACAGUAAGUAGGACUGUACAUAGCUUUUCAUGACAUCAUCAGUGUGUUCCAACGGAUAUCGUGCAGCAGUUUGUUGGUCUCCAGCAUCUGUUCCAUUUCGUGUCUCUGCAGGUCAGACUUAAAGAAAAAGAGAUAAGGCAUUGUACAUAUGAGCCGUUGCAUCCCGUGAGAAUUUGCUCGAGACAUUGCAGAUUUUAAUGUAAUUUUUCAGAUGGCUGCUGGCCUAUACACUGAAGUUUUAGAAUAAAUACACAUGGGAUAAC